AUGUGAUGGAUCUGAGAGGCUGAUCUCAGACUUGCACCAAACUCAGCAAAGAGUGAAAGCUGGAGAGAGGAGAAGCCAAAGGGGAUCAGAGACCACAGGGGGGACCGCUCUGCAAGGCGCUACAGCCCACCGGACUACUCCAACACUGAGAGACUCCAGCUGCCUGUGCACACUCACUGCUUCUGCAACUUUGUGAGCCCUGACACUGAGGCGGGCAAUGGAGGAGCUUUACUGAAACUCUACAUGCUGGACCAAUUGUGUGGAUCUAAUGAAAAGGCAGAGAGGCUUAGGGUCUGUCCUGGAGAUUGUGGACUGAAGAAGGACCCCUGGGAACAGCUAGCCUGUGAUAGGAGCUCAGUCCUGGGAGCACCAGUACUCUGGAGUGGAUCAUCAGGCUGCAAGGUGCUGGGUGGUGACCGGUGAAGUUGUGGAAGAUGGGUAGUAAGGCCUUGCCAGCCCCUAUUCCCUUGCACCCUUCCCUGCAGCUGACAAACUACUCAUUCCUGCAGGCAGUGAACACUUUCCCAGCAGCUGUGGACCAUCUCCAGGGGCUUUAUGGACUCAGUGCUGUACAGACCAUGCACAUGAAUCACUGGACUUUGGGGUACCCAAACAUACAUGGGAUCACCAGGUCCACCAUCACUGAGAUGGCAGCUGCCCAAGGCCUGAUGGAUGCCAGGUUUUCCUUCCCUGCUCUACCCUUUGCCACUCACCUUUUCCACCCUAAGCAAGGAACCAUUGCCCACAUGAUCCCAGCCCUGCACAAAGACAGGCCCAGGUUUGACUUUGCCAAUUUGGCCAUUGCUGCCACCCAAGAGGACCCACCUAAGAUGGGCGACCUUUCCAAGCUUAGCCAGGGUUUGGGCAGCCCUAUUUCAGAGAUCAGCAAGUUGUCCCCAGACAGGAAACCUUCCAGGGGGAGGUUACCAUCCAAAACCAAAAAAGAAUUUAUCUGCAAGUUUUGUGGGAGACACUUUACCAAGUCCUACAACUUACUCAUUCACGAGAGGACACACACAGAUGAGAGGCCCUACACCUGUGACAUCUGCCACAAGGCCUUCAGAAGACAGGACCACCUAAGGGACCACAGAUAUAUCCAUUCCAAAGAGAAACCGUUCAAGUGUCAGGAGUGUGGAAAAGGAUUCUGUCAAUCGAGGACUUUGGCAGUACAUAAAACACUGCACAUGCAGGAAUCACCCCACAAAUGCCCCACAUGUGGAAGAACAUUUAAUCAGAGAAGUAAUCUGAAAACUCACCUUCUUACCCAUACAGACAUCAAGCCCUACAAUUGUGAGCAGUGCGGGAAAGUAUUCAGGAGAAACUGCGACCUGCGACGGCACAGUCUGACUCACAGCCCCAGGCAGGACUACUAGAUCCUGGACACACCUGUCCCUGCGACACCCCCUCCCCAGCUUCAUCCCCCACAGCACAGCCCACACUGGGGACUAGAAAAAGGGGGAGAAGCCCUAGCUUUUAUUCAAGGACUUGCUUUCAUGGACUGAACUUUACAAAAAGAAAAAGAAAGAUAUAGCCAGACUGAAGCUUGUUUCUUGCCUCUUGUACAGAUAAAAAAAAGCUCAUUUUAGAGCUAUGUAAAUAAGUGUUAUUGUUCCUUUUUUUUUAUUGUUGUUAUUAUUAUUAUUAAUAUUAUUAUUGAUGUCCAGUUUUAAUGCACAAUGGUACAGGUUUGUCUGGAUAAAUUACCUUAAAACUGUAUUUCAAAAAUAAAAAUCUAAAUUUUUUUGCAAACAA